UAGAACGAAGUGACAUAACUUGACAUAACCUCAAAGUUCUUUUAGAGGUAGUUCUUGGUGGUUUCAUACAAUUUUGAUUGAAGUUUAAAGAUUUUCCUGACAUUAUAGAGCAGGGCCAAUUCAAUUAUUAAUGUUUUAAAAAUAAAGUUCAACAUAAUGUCGUCACUUCUACGAUCCACAAAGUUUGUGCGAUACUUCACUGGUGCGGCUAGAACGCUUAUACUAAACUCGGCUAAGACCGCUGAAGCCAGUUCUCUCAUUAACCCCAAAGCUCUCAGUGCCGCUAAUAAUGUUUUAUUGAGAGACUAUGCUACAAAGAAAAAGGAGAGCUUGGAACCAUUGUUACAAAAACUAGAUUCAGAAGUGCGGAGAUUUGGGAGGAUCACAAAGAAAGACAUUGAUGAAGUGUUUGAUGAAAUCAGAUCUAGAAAUGACAUCACAAGCUCACAGUCACUACUGGUCAUCAGGUGUUGUGGUGAACUGGUACCAGAAGAACUACCGGAACAAAGAACAUUGCUUGUCCAGAAGAUAUGGAGUGUCCUCACAGAGAGAGGCAUACCCAUGGACAUAUCCCACUACAAUGCCUUGUUGAGGGUGUACAUUGAGAAUGAGCACCCAUUCUCACCUGCCAAGUUCCUUGAAGAACUGGAGAGGAAGGGAUUGCAGCCCAACAGGGUAACAUACCAAAGACUGAUGUGGCGAUACUGCCAAGAGGGUGACGUUGAAGGCGCCACGAAAGUAUUAGAAAGAAUGCGGGAACUGAGCAUGCCUGUUUCCGAGCCUGUACUAAACGCGUUAGUUAUGGGCCACGCUUUUCACGGUGACACUGAAGGAGCCAAAGCAGUGUUGGAAACAAUGGCAGGAGCAGGCCUGGAGCCUACCAACCGUACAUACACGCUGCUAGCAUGUGGAUAUGGAAAGAAAGGAGAUAUUGCUGGGGUGCAGGCCACCAUCAAAACAGCAAACGAUAAGGAAACCUUUAUGACUGACAAGGAUAUUCUGGAGAUUAUUGAGCACCUUGCUGUCAGCGGCCAUGGCGACAAAGUGGAUGAGCUGAUCCCACACCUGCAGAAAGGUAUAGGUUAUAACCAGGAUGUGUGCAAUCUCAUCUUGAGACUGCUUAACAAAGGACAAGAGGAAACUGCAAAGAAAAUCAUGAAGACCAUGCCCAAGUCCACUAAUGUUGAAGAUACUUUAUUCAAGGGAGCAUUCUUUGUUAAACAGUUGUUAAGGAUUAAUAAAUCAGCUGAUGAUAUCAUCAAAACCUGCAGGGAAUUGAUUAGCGAGGGACUGGUACCUAAUGCCUUCUUCAUCGCUACUGAAGGUGCACUUCAACAUGGUCAUACUGAACUGGCCCUAAAAUUAUUCCAAGAAUUAAAGAAAGAAGGCCUAGAAAUCAGACCACAUUACUAUUGGCCUUUGCUAGCGCAGAAAGGAAAGGAGAAUGAUGAAGAGGGUCUUCUGCAGAUCCUUAGAAAUAUGGUCGGCAAUGGCAUAUCUGCCACUGGAGAAGCUCUGAGAGAUUAUGUAAUUCCUUACUUGAUUAAAAAAGACACGCCACAAAAUGUGAUACUCAAACUGCAGAUUGCUAAUGUUCCCGUUAUACAUUGUGCAAGGAAUAUAAUGGUGGAACUGUUGGAUUCAGGAAACAUCAAGAGCGCGGCAGAAAUUGCUCUGCAAUAUCGUCCAAGAGGCAACUACGGCUUGGUGGCUAGACCACUUAUCAAUGCUUUGAACAAAACUAAGGAUGUUAACUCUUUCGUGUCGAUACUCCAUGUUAUUUGUAGCAAGCCGCCAGCCUUAGCGCAGGCUGAAGAUGACGCGACCACUGAUGACAUCGUUAGUGACGAGACCAAUGCUAUCCAAGAAAUCAGCCGCAUCUUACUGUCAUCUAUCAAAAGCUUGGGCAAACCAGACUUAGUGGAAAGCCUACUCCAAGGUAUUUACUCAAAAGGCUUAAGAAUAACGACAGAGACUGCCGAAUCUAUUCAACAAUUCCUUGGAGAAAACAUGACGACUAAUCAUUCAGAGUUGCUAUCCAAAUUGACGACAACUGACAUGGAGAUGGUUCCAUUAGAAAAUUCCCGCAGGACGAAUGGAGUUCGUACCACCGCUCAGAUUGAAGGUCUGUACAAAAACUUGAAGGCUAAAGGUAGCGCUAACUUAACUCGCAUUCAGAAACAAUUGCUUGUAGCAUAUAUAAAAGACAACAAUGUUAGCAAAGUUAACAGUUUCUUAGAAGAAUUAAAGGCGACCAACUUCGAACUGACUACAGCUACAUUAGCACAGCUAUUUGAGUGCUAUUGUGAAAAUGGUGAAAUACAGCGAGCUGAAGACUGUAAGAAGCAACUUUCAGAGAAGAAUCCCGAUUUCGAACUGAACAAAUACAAACUUGUAGUGAUGGCUUAUGCUUUAGUAAAAGCCAACAGGUUUGACGAAGCCAUUCAAUAUCUAAAACAAAACAAACAGGCUGAUGAAACCCCUGGCUUCAUGGUUAACUCUAAAUGCUGGCAAAUGCUGAACAUGUUAGCAGAACAGAAAAAUGAUGCACAGGUAAAGGAAAUGACGAACACUCUAAUAGCAAACAACUAUAUUCAAGCUUCAAAUGUGAUACUGGGACCUUCAAUUAAAGUUCAUAUACUGAAAGAUGACAUAGAGAGUGCUCUUAAGGAAUUUGAGUACUCUUGCAAACAGUACAGGAGUACUCCUUGGAAAGGCGAGCUUAUGAAGGCUUUAAUCAUGAAAGAGGAUGCCACUAAACUACAGUGGUUGGCUGAUCUUAGUACACAAGUGCACGGUGAAGUGAAUAUUCUACACGAUCUAGUGUUGGCGUUUGUAGAGUGUGGACGCUUGCGCCAGGCUCGGCGUAUCCUCGAGACUCCCGGACUACAAACCCGUCACCGCCGCUUAGAUGACGCCUGCCAGAGAUAUGUUGAGGAAGGUAAAUCCGAGUACCUAGAGGGUUUACUAGAAGCUACAAAGGAAUUGUCUCAUAUUGACCGAUCCAACAUCUUCUACCAUUUACUGCAAACAUACUGCAAGGCUGACGAAACUGACAAAGCUCUUGGUUUAUGGACCCUUUUACAAGAGGAGGGAGAAGUGCCCAGUGAGCAAUUCCUGCAACACCUCGGCAAGCAUUUGAAAUCUAAGAACAGAGAAGUACCCUUCAUUAUCCCAGAAGAAAAAAACGUGAAGCCAGGCAAACAAGCCGACAUUGUAGAAAAGAUAGUUGACCGAAAAGUUCCUACGAAACCUACCAAGAACGACAUUUCGGAAAAAAUUGAGAAUAUGGUUAAAGAUGGACUUUUGUCACAAGCAAUGGAUGUGGCCAUCAAGUCCAUUGAGCAUGGAGUAAUACCCAAAACAGCAGUGGUCAAGUUUUUACUGAAGGCCUUAGCUGAAGAGGGUAAUGUAGAAAAGAUUCAACAACUGGGUAAUUACAUAAACGAAUCGAUAAAACGUCGCGUAACCUACGAUGACAAGUUGACUUUAGCAGUAUUCACACGAGGUGCUGGUAAUCAUCAUAUUGACAGCUUACUGGAGUCGGUACAGGCAGCAAAAACGGAAGAAGAUUUGGACAAUGCCCUGAGGAAGUUCCCAAGAAGUAGCGCUCUGGAAGCUGCCAUUCAGGAUAACGAACUUGUCGCCAAAUGUAACACAAUCGUCGAUAUAGCAGGUGCACAAGGAAAAUUCUUGCCAGCAAAUCUCUUAUGGAUGGAGCUUAUUCUUUCGGGAAAACAUAAAGAGGCUGAAGCACUUUGGAACAAAUGGCUACACAAGUCACCUGUUGUCGUAUUCAGGAGAUUACUCCAAGAAAGUCACUCACGAAAACAGCCAGAAAUAAUUGAAAAUCUAAUCAAUGUUCUAAAAACAAACAAAACAAUAACGCAUGCAUCUAUAGGCAAUGCUUACUCGCGCCUCAUCAAUUUCUAUCUUUUGGAAAACAAACGCCAGGAAGCCGAAGAUGCUUUGUCCACAGCUUUUAAAUCGGGCCUGAACACAGAGCACUUAAACAAAACCACUUUGACGAGACUUAAAGCUUUAGUUGAAGAAAGUGGUGGUGUGUUCAAGUACUCCAUCUAAUUCUAAUUAGUAAUAAGUCGCUUUGUUUAUUGCAUUUCAAUAUCGGCAUCCAAACAUUGUUACAAGUAUCUUACGUGUAGUAUAUUGUACAAUAUCCAUUUAUUUGUUGUUAGUAACUCAUUGUUAUGAAAUACAUUAUUUUCAAAUUAUGUUUUAUUACUACUAAGCCUGACAUGUCUUGUUCAAUAUCAGGGAUGUUCAUUUACCAAAAA